AUGCCGGGAACGCGCAAACAACAAUCUCAACAAUCGGGGGGUUCCGGAAUGAUUUUGGAGAACGAUGUCGACGGGAGGGGGAAGGAAAAUGACGACGAGAUGAGGAACGUAACGAAGACGACGAAGAGAGGAGGACGAUCGUCGAAGCGAGGAGGAAAAACACCAUCGACUGACGCAGCGGUUGAAGAAGAGGAAGUUUUCGAAGAGGAAGAAGAAGAGGAAAUAAUGGUGGUCGAGAAGGAGGACGUUUUCAUGGGCGAAGAUGAUGUCGAGAAAAAGGGGAACAACAACAACAACAACAACGGGGAAAAGUCGAAGAAUAAACCGCCGAAAAAUCCUCCAAAAUCUUUGGACGCGUUGAAAGCGCGAUUAGAAGCGACGAAGAGUAAAGUAUCGUCCAAGAGUAAUAAGGAGAGAGAAAGUGAGACUCUCGGGUUUAUCGGCGAAAAGGAAACGAGCGGCGUUCCUCCCACUCCGGGGGCGCUUCUCGGGGGCAACGAUACGACCAUGAACUUUGGCAACGCGACGAACGCGAUGGAUACCGUGAACAUUAACAUGGAUAAUACGAAUAACGCGACGACGACAACGACGACCACCAACACCGGUGAGAUGCUCGUUGAUAACAAUUCACCGGCGACGACCGUGGCGCUCGACGUGCCGAAAAUUGAAGUGCCGGAAAUCAAUAUCGAAGCGCUCGCGGCGAAGCAUUUCGAUAGCGCGUUGGAGGAAGAAAUCAGUCACUCGUUGAACUGGAAAUCCAUAGCGCCGUCGCACGAUUUCAAAAACUUGGUCAAGGAAAGAAACAACGCGAUUUCGGACUUUAAGAAGAUUUUACCCGAAGUGAUGCGGAAGAAGGACCGAUUGGUGGAAGAUACGGUGAGAGCGACGAGAGGAUUUCAAGAAACCGUCUCGACGCUGCAAGAACACACCGCGAGAGCAGCGGCACAAGUGCAAAGCGCCAGAAACGAGGCUAAGUUGGCGGAACAAAAGUUGAAAAGCGCCAAGGCGGAGUUUGUCGCGCGAGAGGCAAAAAUGCUUUCCAACUUUUCCCAAAACGAAGAACACAAGCAACAAGAGAACGAGACGUUGAGGAACGAGUUAGUCGAACAAAGCGUUCAGCUGCAACAAAAACAAAAACUGUUGGACCAAGCGGAGAAGAAGUUGAAAAGUUUCGAGAAGAACUCGGAGAAGGACAGCGAGCAAGUGUUGAAGUUGAGGGACGAAAACAUCGAGUUGGAGAAGCAGUUGGCGGCGUUGAAGGCGGAAAAUAAAGAGAAGGAAAAAGCGUUCGCGAGUCAAUCGAAGACGUUGGAAGGGCAGUUGAAGAAGCAAGAGGCAGACUUUGAGGCAAAGUUAGCGAGUACGGAGGCGGCAAAAGUGACCUCGGAUCAGUUGGCGAGAGAAAUGACCGCAGAAAAAGAAGCGUCGAUGGUAAAGUUGGAAGUCGCGGAGAAAGAGAUUGCGAAAUUGAGCGAAUCGAGCGGCGCGACCAACGCGGCGUUGACGGAGCAGAACGCCAAGUUGGAGGAGAGUUUAGAAAAAGCCGAAAAGGAACUCAAAAAGAAAGAAAAAGAACUCGAUCAGUCUUCCAAGCACGCUGAUAAGAAGUUGGAGGGGUUGAACGCGGAGAUUGCUGAGUUGCAAACUUUGAGAGAGCAAGCGGUGGAGUUGGAGGCAUCUUUGAAGACGAACUGCGCAGAGUUGGAGAAGGAGAAAGCGGUGUUGGAAAAGAAAAUCACGUCGUUAGAAAAGGAUGGCGAUAAGAAACUGUCCAAGAUUGAAAAGUUAGAAGAGUCCAUCGAGCGCGUGACGGGCGAGUUGAAAGAUACGAAAUCGGAGUUCAAAACGGCGGAAAGCGCACGCAAGGAGCUCUCCGAACAACUCGUCGCGUUACAAUCGAAGCUCAACCUCGAGUCCAAGUCCACAGAACUCGAGCUCGCAAACGCGCAUAAAGAAGUCAAGAGGUACGAGGACGACUUGGCGGACGCCAAGGCGCAGGCGAAAUCUCUCAUCGAACAGCAAGGGGAAAUGAUGGGUGAAUUGAAGUGCGCUCGAGCGGAACUCGCGAGAUUGGAAACCGAGCGCAGAGACUUCGAAAAGAACGGGUCGCAAACGUUGCAAGAGGCGCAAGAAAAGUGCAGAGCGGACUUGAAGGCGCAAGAGAAGGAGUUUCAAAAAGAGCUCAAGCAAGAGCGCAAGCAAUACGACGAAAAGAUGGAAGCCGAACGAGUCAAAGCCUCGGAGUCCAUCGAAGCCUCGAGAGUCGAAAACGAAAAGCGCAUCAACGUCGAGAUCAAAAACACCGAGAAGUUAUCUGCACAAAUCGAAAAGUUGGAGAAGAAGUUGUCCAAGCUCGAGGAGGCGAAGAAGGCGUUGGAGACGGAUUUGAUGAACGCGACGCAAGAGAGCGGGAAAAACGCUUUAGAAUUGAACCAAGAGUUGGAGAACAUGAAGACGGCUUUAGAGCUCGCGGAAGAAUUACGAACGGAUUUAGACGCGGACGUCGAACGUUUAACGAACGAGCUUCGCAUCGCCAAGACCGAAGCGGAGAAGGCGAAGGAGAACAUGGCGGAGCUCAUCGCAGAACAAAAACAACAGUUGACGGAACAGUUGGAGCGAGAGAAGAAGAGCUCGGAGAAAGCCAUCAAACUCGAGACUCAAAAAAUGAGCGAAAAGUUGGUGCAAAAGCUCGAACGUUCGGAGCAAAAGCGUCGCGACUUGGAAGCGCGAGUCACUGCGGCCGAAGCGAAGGAGAAGGAGCUCGGCGAAAAAAUCGAAGUUUUGCGCAAGCAAAAAGCCGAGGCGGAACUCGGCGGCGCGGAAAAAGCCGAAGAAAUCCAAGCGGCGUUAGAAAAGCUCGAAGCGGCAAAAUCAGAAACGUUCGGUCACGAGCAAAGAAUUGCGUCGGUCGUCGCGCAACUCGAGAACGAGCAGAAAGAAGUCGGGAAGCUCGAAAAAUCGUUGAAAUCCUUGGACGCGGAGAAAGCGGCGGAGAUUGAAAACUUGAAAUUUGAGCUCAAGGAGUCGAAAAAGGAGUUGAAAUCGCUCACGAACGAGUUAGACGCCAUGAAAGAAGCGCAAGCUCUCUUAGAGGAGGAAGAGAAAGACGGAAAAGGUGGCAACUCGGCCGGUGCAGCGUUGACGAGAAAGCUCGUCGAGCAAGCGAAAGCGAUGGAGAACGCGAAAAUGGACGCCAUGGCUGCGGAUGAACUUCGAAAGCUCGCCGAAGAAAAAACGCAAAGAAUUGCCGAGCUCGAGGGUGAAUUGUUAGACGCCGAAGCUUUGAGGCGACAGAUGUUCAACCAAAUUCAAGAGUUACGCGGUAACGUGCGCGUCUUUUGCCGCGUUCGACCAUCCGGCAACGACGCCGCGACGCCGUGCGUAGAGACUUUGCCGGACACGACGAGCGUCAACUUACAGGUGGGUCCGAAGAAAUCCUCCGCGUUUUCUUUCGAUCGCGCGUUUGGGCCAGAGUCCACGCAAGAAGAAGUCUUUGGAGAAGUUUCUGGUUUAGUUCAAUCCGCUUUAGAUGGCUACAAAGUGUGCUUGUUUUCUUACGGUCAAACCGGAAGCGGUAAAACGCACACCAUGCUUGGUGGAUCCGACGACAGUUCGAGAGGUAUCAUCCCGAGAGCGGUUGAAAAAGUAGUCGAGGCGUCUAAAGUGAACGAAGUGAAAGGUUGGUCGUAUAAAAUGAAGGCGUCGUACGUCGAGAUUUACAACGAAACCAUUCGCGAUUUGCUCGCGCCCGGCGCCGGCCACUCCGAGGCUCACAAAAUUAUCCACGAGAACGGGUCCACGACUAUUUCUGGGGUCAACACCGAAAUUGUCGAGUCCGUGGAGCAAGCGCACGUGUUGGUGCGUAAAGCUGCGGCCGCGCGUAAAGUCGAGGCGACGCAAAUGAACGCGCACUCGUCUCGUUCGCACACGAUUUUCAUUUUACACGUCUCGGGCGUACACGCCGCGAGCGGCUCGACGUUAUCUGGCGCUUUGAACCUCGUCGAUUUGGCCGGUAGUGAACGCGUGGCUAGAUCUGGUGCCAGUGGUGACCGCUUGAAGGAAGCGUGCGCGAUUAACAAGAGCUUAUCGUCGUUAGGUGACGUGUUUGCCGCGCUCGGCAGCAAAGCGAAACACGUUCCGUACCGCAACUCGAAAUUAACGUAUUUGUUAGCGCCCUGUUUAGGCGGUGACGGGAAGACGUUGAUGUUCGUCAACGUCAGUCCAGACGACGACUCGAGCGAAGAGACGUCGUGCUCGUUGAAGUUUGCCGCGCAAGUCAACGCCGUAGAGUUGGGUAAAGGCGGCGCGAAGAGAAACGUGACGAGCGGCAUGAAUGCGAAGCCGGCGCAAGAAAAGGAUGCCGAUAAAUCCUUCUCGGACGAGGAGAAGAAAGAGAAGAAGAGCAAGAAGCGUUCGAAAGACGAUAACAACGACGAUAGCGGCGACGGGAAGAAAAAAUCGUCGCGAAAGGCGUGA